GCGUUUCGUCGCUCCAUCCGUAUGACCGGGUGUGCGUUACGUUUAGAAAAAUUCGAGCGGUUCGUUUGUUUUGCAAAAUGGCCACCGGUGAUUCGAAAAAAGAAGAGUUGCAACCUCUGCAGGAGUUCCCGAGAAGGAAGUUUGCGAUAAGAACGGCGCAGAUGGAGGCCCGGAACAACGAGAACGACGACGCGAUCAACAGCGGACGGGUGCGCAGGGAGAAGAGCCCCUUCACCCAGGUCUAUAGACCCACGACCAUUAACGUCAACCCACCCGAGGAAAACCCGACAUGGUGGAAAAGACGCUCGGCACUCGAGCGUGGCCUCACGGUCGUGGCCGUGUGCGCCGUAUUGGCAGCCGUAGCUUUCGCCAUUGGUCUCGUGUUCGUAGCCACCAGCGUUGAAAACUGCGAGUCAGUUCGUACCGCCGAACCAGCUAAUGCGGAAAUGCUACCUUCCAUAGCCGAAGCCCUUAAGGAAAUCACUGGACGAAAGACUCCGCAGGUAGUCCAAAAAACGCCUGAGAUCUGCGACUCUCCAGGAUGUGUGCACACAGCCUCAUCGAUAUUGGAGAACAUGGAUCCAACAGUCGAGCCCUGCGACGAUUUCUACAGAUUCGCUUGUGGAGGUUUCCUUAAAAACACAAUCAUACCCGACGAUAAGACGAGCGUCAACACUUUUAGCAUCAUCAGCGACAAGCUGCAAAAGCAACUCAGAGCCAGUAUCGAAGAGGAGAGCAAACCUGACGACCCAAGACCAUUCAAACUCCUCAAGACCUACUACCAGAACUGCAUGAACAAGACCCAGAUCGAGGAACAAGGUCUGGAUCCGCUGCACCGAAAUUUGAAGGAAUUGGGUGGCUGGCCGGUCCUCAUGAAAGAAUCUUGGGUCGACGCUGACUGGAACUGGAAAGAGUCCGUGUACAAGCUUCGCAAAAUGGGAUACUCAAUCGAUUAUUUUAUCGACUUUAGUAUCAGCUCCGAUCUCAAAAAUAGCACCAAGCGCACAAUUGAUCUGGAUCAAGCGGCACUGGGUAUAUCACGCGAGUACUUGUCACGGGGCAUGAGUGACAGGAUCGUAAAAGCUUACUACGACUAUAUGGUUGACAUUGCCCAGAUCCUCGGAGCCGAUGGAGACUACGCCGCUGAGCAACUCAAAGAGUCACUAGAGUUUGAAAUCAAACUCGCCAACAUCUCACUUCCAAGUGAGAAACGGCGCAACGCCACGGCUCUGUACAACGCAAUGACCAUAGCCGAGCUGUCCAAGCGAUUCCCGUCUAUACCUUGGAUUGAGUACUUCAACACCAUAUUGGCACCAACAACUAGCGUCACGGAGGAUGAGGUUGUCGUUGUUGAUGUGCCAAGUUUUAUCACAGAACUUGAGAAGUUACUUGUACAGACGCCCAAACGAGUACUGGCGAACUACGUAAUGUGGCGCGUUGCUGGAAGUUCUGUCAGCUACCUGAACGACGAGAUCAGGAAGCGCCAGCUUGCUUACUCUACCAUUGUUAGUGGAAAAACCGAGCGCGAGCCACGUUGGAAGGAGUGCGUGAAUUCAGUAACCAGCGGUUUCUCCAUAAGCGUGGGUGCACUCUACGUAAGGAAGUACUUCAACGAGGACGCGAAAAAGACCGCCAUUGAGAUGGUAUCAGACAUCAGAAAUGAGUUCAUAAAAAUCCUGCAUACAAUCGACUGGAUGGACAACAAAACGAAAGAGGCUGCCCUGGAUAAGGCCAAAUCCAUGACAACCCACAUAGCGUAUCCGGACGAGCUGCUCGACGACAAGAAGCUGGAGAAAUUCUACGAAAAGCUGGAGAUCUCACCAGGAAGUUAUCUCAAAAAUGCCCUUAAUCUAACGCUGUUUGGAACUGAGUAUGCCUUCGAGAUACUGAGGAAGCCGGUCAACAAGAGCGAGUGGAUCAGCCAUGGCAGACCCGCUAUUGUCAAUGCGUUUUAUUCAUCCAUUGAAAACAGCAUACAAUUUCCAGCUGGCAUCCUUCAAGGCGCGUUUUUCAGUAAUGACCGACCAAAGUACAUGAACUACGGUGCGAUAGGUUUUGUAAUGGGCCACGAAAUUACCCACGGCUUCGACGAUCAAGGCCGGCAGUUCGACAAGGAGGGUAAUCUGGUCGAAUGGUGGGAGGAGGAGACCAAAAAUAAGUACCUCAAAAAAGCCGAGUGUAUCAUACAUCAGUACGGCAACUAUACGGCCAGUGAAGUGGAACUUAGUUUGAACGGCAUCACAACCCAGGGCGAGAACAUUGCAGACAACGGUGGCAUUAAAGAAGCUUAUCUGGCCUACAACGAGUGGGUGCGACGCAACGGUCCCGAGAAGCAACUUCCGGGCCUUAAAUAUAAUGGCCAACAGAUGUUCUGGUUGAGCGCGGCCAACACCUGGUGCAGCAAGUACCGACCCGAGACGCUUAAGCUGCGCAUCACCACUGGAGUGCACAGUCCCGGCGAGUUCCGAGUCCUCGGACCCAUGUCCAACAUGCCCGAGUUUGCCAAGGAUUUUAACUGUCCACUCAGCACGAAAAUGAAUCCCAAGGACAAGUGUGCUGUGUGGUAGAACUUGCACUGAUGUUUGUGGGUAUGUGUGGGUGUCUGUCGUUGAGUGCUAACUGUCGAUUAAAUUUCGAAAAGUGAUACUUGUUCGCGUGGUUGAUCGAGUUAAGUUGUCAAUUGUAUUUUAGUUAUUUUACGCGAGGGAUCAUGUCUGGACAAUGUCAAUGGUGUGUGCUUGCGUAUUGGUCUCUCUCAUUUUUUCUUAUUUUUUUUUUUUUCCAUUUUGGCAUGAUUGAUUUCAUUUUAUUUUAAUUAUUGAUCAAGAGUUUUUGUUGAUAAGAGGAUGUGCCAAAAACUCGGGGAAAUACUUAAUCGUAACUUAUCGAGUAAUAUAUCUGAAAUAUAUAUGUAUAAACUGAGUCAGGAUAUUUUACUAACAUUAACUAUCUCUAAGACAAAAUUAUGUUAGUAUUUUUUUUCCUUUUUUUCAAGAUUUUGUGAGUCUUAUUUUAGUGAGUUGUAUUGAUAUGUGUAUGUGUGUGUUGUUUCGGGCAAUAAUAGUUCUAACGUAGUAAAACUAGUAAGUUAGUAGAGUUGUUUUAAAGUAGUUCGUGUGUGUGUGUGUAUGUGAUGCUGUGAAAAGAAUGCCACAUUAUGACAAACAUUUUUUAAUUAUUCGACAUAUUUUAAUUUUUAAAAAUUCUCUCAUUUCAGAAAUAAAUUUUUUAACCAAUAACUGAUUAUUAAAUAAGCUAAUAUGCCAUAAAAAAUAGUCAAAAGAGAUGUGACAAUUAGAUAUUUUGACUUUUAUUAACAAAAUCAUUUCUCGAAUAUUGACACAUAAUAAAUAAGGUAAUUUUGAUGAGGUAGAUAGAUUUCCAGUGGUCAUUUGAAAUAUCAACAAUUAAGGGCCAAACCAGGCUUAUCACGCCUAUGAGAAAAAUUUACAGGAUAAAAAAUAUAUAAUGAUGAUAAUAAAAUUCAUUACAGUCAAUACAAAUACACGAUUAGUGAGAAAAAGAAAAAUAAAAUCGGUGAAAAGGAUAUUUUAAAUGUGAAAUGCGAAAUAAAAAAUAAAAAAUAGAAAUUAUUAUAUUGGCUGUAUAAAAGUGUAAACAAAACCUACGAUGUAUUAAAUGAGGUAAAUAAAAAGUAUAAUUGUUUGUAUGAAUGUUUAUUUUGAUCUUGAGGUACGGUAUGAAAUGUAUAAAAUCAACUUCUAAUACUAUUAUAUUAUCAUAACGCAAAAGCGAGGAAAACUAUAAGUGCAAAAAUAAUCUCUUUUACAGUACACAAUGUAUCUUGAAAAGGCAUUUUAAAUGUUCAUAACUAGUUCGUGAAAAGCAAGAAUUUAUCUUGCUCAUUUUUACAAGUAACUAUAAAAUAUUUACACAAAUAUAUACAUUAUCUGUUAAUCAUACUUCGGUCAUGACAAUUUUUGUAAUAAAUUUAUUGCCUCACUAAAAUUGUCAUUAUCGUGUUUAAGCACGCGAUACAAAUCUCAAUUGCUACCGUAAGAUAUACUGUAUGUAUUGGAAAUAAACGUGCGAUUGCAUUUGCAUCUAAUAAAACAAAAUUAUGAGUAUUUAUAGGUAAUCAUAAGAUACAUGCAUAUAAACACAAAUCCUUUCAUAUCAUCGAUAUAAAUGUAAUACGAAAUUAUGAAAUUAUUGUUGUCAUCUUCGAGACGUAUUGUUUAAAUAUUAUGCCAUGCAAUUUAUUACUUUAAAAAACUUUGAAAAUGAAUUUUUUUUAACUAUAUGAUUUUUUAUGCCUCAAAAGCAUAAUUUUUGUUCCUUUGCGUUGACAUUUAUAAUUUUUUAGUGAGAUGCAAACUGAUGUAUACUAAAAUAGUAAAUAAACAAAUAAUAAUUAGUGAUUGCAUGAUGGUCUUAAGUUACUUAUGCUCUAUGUUUCAGUUUUACGUAUUACAUAAUUAUAUAGUGUUUGUGAUUGUUUCAUAAAUAAAAACCAUGCCUUACAAUUACAACACAGUUUUGUCGUGGAGACAUAUACAUAUACAUUUGUUAAUAAACUGCGUAAAAACUGUAUACUACAUCUAAUGAUAAAAUAUCAGUAAGAUGUCGAUAGCACUGUCAUUUAAAAAUUUUUUUCUAUUCAUGGACGAUAUCUCAAAAAUCAAGGCUCUUGUGGAUAUUUAUUUUAACCAUGUAUUUGUCAAACGCAAAACUUUAAUAUUAAAUACACAGU